AUAGCGUUUUCGAGUGAACACUCUCAGAGCACUCCGGGAGCGAGUUGUGUGUUCGAGUGAAAACCGACUAGGUGGAGUGGUAGUGACUGCAUGUUCGAGUGACGGUUGAAAUAUUGAAUUCUGAUUGGCCUAUGAUGAAAAAUCCGCUCGGAAACCAGGGGUCAGAGCGUUUCGAGCAAAACAAAUAUGACAGAGCCGGUUGAUGAAGUAAAAAUAAUCGAAGAGUUGUUUUCGUCAGAGAAUUUCGAUGAUGAGGAUGAUAUUUUAUUAUUGCGGAAUAUCGCCAACAAAAAACACAAAGUUGCGCGCAUUCAAAAUUAUAUCCGUGACGUUGUUGGCCACUAUAACGAUAUCCAAUUCAAAAGUCAUUUCAGAGUCUCGCGAGAAACUUGCAAUUAUUUGAUAGCUUUAUUCGAACAAAGCGUACAUUACCCCAAAGGACCACCUUUCGGUCGUGUGCGGGUAAAAACUGCCGAAGAGUAUAUUCUAUGUUAUUUAUGGUUUGCAGGUAACAAAUCUGUUUACCGCAUUGUAGCGCAACUUUUUGGGCUAAGUUUGCCAACAGCGCACGCAAUGAUAGAAAGCGUAACGACUUAUUUAACAGAUGAAUUGGGUCUAUUAGUUAUCAGAUUCCCUCGUACCCCACAGGAGAAACAAGACUGUUCUGAGGAGUUUGAGGAGAUUGCAGGAUAUCCAGGAGUAUAUGGAUGCAUUGAUGGUACGUUUAUAAACAUCCGUACACCCGCACAUAAAAUCAAGUCGACCUACGUUAAUCGUUACGAUACAACGGCAUUGACUUUGCAAGGAAUAUGCGAUGCGAAGAAGAAGUUCCUUGAUGUCUUUACCGGAAUACCAGGAAAAAUUCAUGACGCAAGAGUAUUCACUUUGUCGUUUCUUUGCCCUACCGUGCUAUCAAUGGGCCCAGAUUAUUAUUUACUCGGAGAUUCUGCUUAUCCGCUUUGUGAAAAUCUCAUGACGCCAAUUCGGGAUUACGGAAAUUUAACAGAUAAACAAAGAGAAUAUAACAGGCGGUUCUGUGCAACAAGAGUUUUAAUCGAAAAUGCUUUUGGACUUUUGAAGCAAAGAUUCAGGCAACUGAUAAGAACAGAUAUGUGGGGUGUUUCAAAGACAUUAAAAUUUAUACUAUCAUGCUGUGUGUUGCAUAAUUUAUGUAUCGAGAGGAAUGACUUCUUGGAUGGAAUUGAACGUUACGUGGCUGAACCUGAGCCUGAAGCAGAAAUUAUUAUAAACGAUGAAGCUUGGCGUUUAGGUUUAUUGAAACGCAAUUUGCUGGCCAGGCAAUUCAUGGAAAGAUAGAAGCGCUAUUUGUAA